UGACAGCGCCGCCUAGUGGUUUAAAAGUUUUAAGCAAUUUCUAUGUUUUUCUAGUGCUUUAACCUAUGAUUUUAUGUAGGGAUGCACGAUUAAUUAUCCACCGAUAUGGGUGAAAAUGACGUCAUUUUUAUUGCUCCGAUAAAUAAAUAAAAUCCGUUAACUACAUCCGAUAAAGUUCGCUUGCUGGUAAAUCAAUAAAUCAGUCUGAUUCAUCCGCUUUCCGAGUGGAAGUGACUGCAGCUUUAAACUGUGUCGCGCUCAUUACGUCAUCAUCCUGUGACCAUGUCUUCGCUGGUCUGGAAGUUUUUCUCGGUGGCAGUGGAGGACAAUGCUAUUGCUAUUUGCAAACCAUGUUCAGCAAGCAUUGCGAGAGGAGGAAAAAAGGCGUCAAGUUUUAACACAUCAAAUCUUAUAUCUCACUUGAAAGGUCGUCAUCGCGGCAAAGUGGUGUUAAAAGAAUAUGAAGAUGCCACAGCAGCAGUAGCUGUAGCUAACGUUCCUAGCAACAAGCCUACAACACGGAGCGUCUAUGUCCCCAUUCAGCAGGCAUUUGAAAAUUGCAAAAAGUUUUCCAGAGACAGUGAAAAGGCUAAAGCCAUUAACGACAAAGUAAUGGAAUUUAUAGUCAUCGAUGACCAAUCUUUCUCCGUGGUAGAGGAUCCGGGUUUUCACGGGUUAGUACAGCAUUUGGUAAACAUGUGACUUAAAGUCUCCGUAUAUACCUUCCUCAUACUCAUGCACUAAAUGUUAAAACUUAAAUGUAUGUGUGGCGAGGGGGGGCGUGGUGUAGCGAGGGAUGCGGCAGGAGAGAGAGCCGGGAGACGAGCGGUAAGUGAGUGGAGUAAUUGCAAACAGCCAACACCUGUCUCUCGUUCCAGUAAGGGCGCGGGGAGACAAUAUAAACACCCGAGGAAGGCACAAUGGGAGAGAGAGACGGACUCGACACGGACUGCCACGUACCCAAACCUCUCAGUCAGGAAAGGAGGACUUUUGCUGGAUUCUGAGGGUCGCAAGCCAGGCUGAAGGAAAAGCCGUGGAUUUAUGUGCUGUUUACUUUGCUUACUAUUUUGUGUCUCUUGUGGAAUAAAGUUCGUGUCAGUCUCGCCAACCUCGUCCUCUUCCUUCCUUAUCCUAGCGAACCCGCUACACUGGUGCCAAAACCCGGGAAGGAAGUAGGAGGGACACCGCCAUCAUGCAGGCAACAUCGGGCACGCCGUUUGCGGACAUCAUCGCGUCUCUCGCGGUCCUCCACCGCGAACAACACCAGGCGCUGCUGGACCUUCGGAGUGACCACGAGCUCCGCUUCCAGUCCGUCUUCCAGGCACAGCAAGAGGACCGCGAGAGCUUCCGGAGCUGGAUGGACCAGGGGGUUCGGGCAGAAGCGUCCGCACCCGUGACAACCGCCGCGUUCCUGCCGCUGUCGAAAAUGGGGCCAGAGGAUGACCCCGAGGCAUUUCUCGAUCUUUUCGAGAAAACGGCGGAAACUAGCGGCUGGCCCCCGGAGGAUUGGGCGAGGCGACUCCUGCCGUUGCUGUCGGGGGAAGCGCAACUGGCGGCUCGGCCACUGCCCGUCCAGAACCUCCUGGUCUUCGACGACCUGAAGAGGGCCAUCCUCCAGAGGGUCGGCCGUAGCCCGGAGGAGCAUCGUCAGCGAUUCCGGUCGCUGGGGCUGGGCGAAAGCGGCCGUCCCUUCGUGAUGGCCCAUCAGCUCCGGGAUUCCUGCCGCAAAUGGCUGCUGGCUGGGAAAGGUGACGUCGAGGACAUCAUCGACCGCGUGGUGCUGGAACAGUUCAUCGCUCGGCUUCCCAAGAGAAUGGCCGAGUGGGUCCAGUGCCACCGCCCGACGUCGCUGGACGCAGCCAUCCACCUGGCGGAAGACCAGAUGGUGGUGUGCCCCGGGGUUGGCGAAGCCCUCCCGGCGGUCUUUCUCUCCUCUCCGGAGGCUGUUUCUCUCUCCCCAUCUUCUCGCUCUUCUCUCUCUCUCUCUCCCCAUCCUGUCCCUGCACCUAGGUCCCGUCCCCCCGGUCCACCACGAGUGCCGCCUCGACGACGGUUCCCACAGCCCGUGGGCUACACGAGCGCGUACUGUGCUCCGCCCCGGGGAUUCCAGGACGGCAAUGGGUCCACCCUCUCUCCGCGCCCUUCCCGUGCUCCACUUCCCGCCACUCGGAUGGCGGAGACGCCUGGGCCGGCCUGUUGGCGAUGCGGAGACCCGGACCAUUGGGUCGAUUGGUGUCCAGUGAUGGAGAUCGGUACGAUGAUCCGGGUUCCCUACACGCCGCAGGCUGCCCCCGGUCAGAACGGAGGGUACCAAAUUCCUGUGAGUAUGGGGGGGUACAUACCCGGCUCUGGUGGAUUCCGGUUGUAACCAGACCUCCAUCCAUCAAAGCCUGGUUCGGCCCGGGGCAUUGGAUAAUAGCCGCAUGGUUCGGGUAUGGUGCGUACACGGGGAUGUGGUGAGAUAUCCUUUAAUUCCCGUCUUUAUUCAAUUCAGGGGAGAAAAGCAUAGAGUGGAGGUGGCGGUUAACCCACACCUCCGACACCCGCUGAUCUUGGGAAACAAUUGGCCUGCGUUCACGGAAUUAUUGGGGUGCUUAUGUGCGGGUGUCGCUUGGGGCCCAGAGGCACAGGGAGUCGGCGCGCUUGUGCAGGCGGGAGAGGCUGUUACAGGGGAAGCGAGCGGAUCCGAGGGGCGUAUCCUCUCGGAACGCGAUGACUUUCCUCUGGAACAGUCCCGGGACGAAUCACUCAAGUUCGCCUGGGAACAGGUUCGCUAUGUGGACGGCCAACCUCUCCAACCUGACCGACCGCGCUCCUACCCUUAUUUUGCAAUUAUAAAAGACCGGUUAUAUCGAGUGGCCCAAGACGCUCAAAUAAAGGAAGAUACAACCCAGUUGUUGGUACCACUGGAAAAGCAUUUCCCGGCUGCACAUUGUAAUCCUAUGGCGGGGCAUUUAGGACAAAACUCGACACUAAACCGCCUCAUGGCCCGGUUUUUUUGGCCGGGCAUUCACGAGAACGUACGCAGGUGGUGCGCCUCGUGUCGUGAAUGUCAGCUGGUAAACCCUCCGGCCUCCCCAAAAGCGCCAUUGCGCCCUUUACCGCUAAUGCAGGUCCCCUUCGAUAGAAUUGGUAUGGACCUCAUCGGGCCAUUGGAGCGGUCAGCGAGAGGACAUCGAUUUGCAUUAGUCUUAGUGGAUUAUGCAACCCGAUAUCCCGAGGCAGUGCCGCUCCACAGCAUCUCCGCUAAGAGUGUGGCGGAGGCACUGUUUCGCGUCAUCUCCCGCGUGGGGAUCCCCCGGGAGAUCCUCACGGAUCAAGGCACGGCGUUCAUGUCACGCACGAUACGCGAGCUGUAUGAAUUAUUGGGCAUUAAAUCGGUCCGUACCAGCAUCUUUCACCCUCAAACAGACGGGUUGGUAGAACGGUUUAAUCGCACGUUGAAAACCAUGAUUCGUAAGUUCGUACACGAGGACGCCAAAAAUUGGGAUAAAUGGUUAGAACCCCUCUUAUUCGCUGUGCGGGAGGUCCCGCAAGCCUCCACGGGGUUUUCCCCCUUCGAGCUUCUCUUUGGACGCCAGCCCCGAGGGGUUUUGGACGUCCUGAGAGAGACUUGGGAGGACGGACCCUCCAACAGCAAGAAUGAAAUUCAACAUGUCCUGGACCUGAGAACAAAGCUCCAUACACUGGGGCGGCUAUCUAUGGAGAAUUUGUUACAGGCCCAGGAUAAACAGAGCCGGCUGUAUAACAGGGGAACCAACCUCCGGAAAUUUUCACCGGGAGAAAAAGUGCUUGUAUUACUCCCCACCUCGAGUUCCAAAUUACUAGCCAAGUGGCAAGGGCCGUUUAAGGUCACACGGCAAGUGGGAGAUCUUGAUUAUGAAGUAAUACGGUCAGAUAGGAGCGGGGCACGUCAAAUUUACCACCUCAAUCUCCUUAAAAAAUGGCAGGAGGUGGAGCCCGUGUUGCUGGCGACGGUAAUUAGCGGAGAGGAUGAUCUGGGACCAGAAGCGAAUAUAAAACCACAAUCACUCGCUCUGGCU